AUGUUUCUAUCACGAGAAGGUUUCACCAUAGACGUAGUUGCAAGAUGGGUCCGAAAAUCUGUCCUCAACCCAUAUCUAUCGAUUCCAUUUGCCACCGGUUUGGCUGUGGUGUCUGCGAGGAAGAAUGGAGCAGCUGGAUUUUCGGAUCUUCGAUUUGACUCUGCUCAGCGCAUAGCAUUUCUGGCUGCUUUGGCUAGUGUCGUCCUAUCAACUACAGAGUAUCUGAACAAAUGGUCGGCAAACAACUGGACGACGGACGACACCUGGGACUUUGACAGAGAAAUUAUUGUCGUAACUGGGGGAAGUAGUGGCAUUGGUCACAGUAUCAUUAAGCACAUCCUGGCCAGAAAUCCUAGGGCCAAUAUCGUCGUGGUUGACCUCGCCCCGUUAUCAUGGGAGCCUCCGAAAGGUUCAAACAUCCACUACUUCAAGUGCGACUUGACGGACACGAAGGCGCUCAAGUCGCUUUGUACGCUCAUCCGAGCUGAAGUUGGCGAUCCCACCGUCCUCGUCAACAAUGCGGGGAUCGCACGGGGCUACACCAUCAUGGAUGGCUCGUACGCAGAUGUUGAACUCACCAUCAAGACCAAUCUUAUCGCACCAUUCUUACUCACGAAAGAAUUCCUGCCGUACAUGGUUCGCAACAACCACGGACACAUAGUCAACGUCGGAUCUAUGAGUUCGGUAAUUCCUCCAGUAAGGAUUGCCGACUACUCAGCUACCAAAGCUGGGCUUACCGCAAUGCACGAAGCGCUGCAAUUGGAGUUGAAGUACAUUCACAAAGCGCCCAAGGUUCGGCAAACGCUUGGAAUAUUUGGCUUCAUCCGCACGCCACUUGUUCCCUUCGAUCCCGGCCAGCCGCACUUCAUGGUGCCUCUGCUCCACGUCGACUCUGUCGGCGAGGCCAUUGUAAAUUCUCUUUACAGUGGCUUCGGAAGAACUAUCUAUCUGCCUGGCAUGAUGUCAUCUGUUGUUGCUUUGAGAGCUGGCCCAGAGUGGUUGUGGCGCAUUGCGCGGGAGACCACUGCAAGUGCGAAGGACAUUACAUACACGCCUCGGCAGAAGAUCAACGACAUGACUGGUCAGUUGGAAGCAACAGAAUCUGCGAAGACGCAGAUACAUGGAUUCUAG